AUGAAUAUGUUGGAUGAUGAAGAUGACCAAAGCUUUCACGCUACGCGUGACGGCUACUCCCAUUUGAGCGAUGUCGAAUGGGAUGCGGUUGAACGAAUGGGUUCGACCAUGGGCAUCCAUGCUGUUAGCGUCAUGCUAGAGGCUCUCAAUAGAGAUGCCCAACAUGCUACUAUCGCCAAGUUCAUUCAAAAUGAACUUGACGCAGAACGCGAGAAAGUAGCCUUGCUUCACCAACAAGGUUCUCAACAAGCAGAGUUGUUGAGAGAACAAGGUGCUCAACAGUUUGAACUGUUGAGACAGCAGCAAGCUGCUGCUGGCGGGUCGAUGCACUCGCGUCGACCCGAGACUUUGAAGAUUGACAUCUCAAAGUAUAGAGGGGUCGAAGAAGACUCCCUCUUGAGAUGGUUCGUCGAAUUGGAUGACGCCAUAAGGGCGCGUCGCAUCGACGACGGGGAUAUGCAAGUUGCAUUUGCCCAGUCAAAUCUGGCAGGACGUGCCAAGACUUGGGCACUGGGGCUCAAGCUGCACGACCCAUACGCGUUUGGGUCGUUGGAAGUCUUCAAGUCGCGGCUCAGACAAACGUUUGAACCGCCUAGAGCUGAGUUCAGAGCUCGAACCGAACUCUUGAAGCUCAAGCAGGGUAAGCGUGAUGUGCACGCUUACGCUCAACAUAUACGACAUCUCACGAGUUGUAUAAGUUCCAAUCCGGUGGAUGAACACACGUUGGUUUCGGUGUUCAUGCAGGGUCUUGCGGAUGGUCCCGUCAAGACUCACCUGUUCCGGCUUGAACUAGAUUCACUAGAACAAGCCAUUUCCAUUGCGGAGCAGGAAGACUUCAGUCUGAGACAGGCUCGCGCCAGCUCGACAUCAUAUCGUCAACCGAGACGAUAUGACAACGGAGGUCCAGAGCCGAUGGAACUCUGUUAUGUAGAGAGCGAGAAGGUUCGCUCUACAGGCUACAAGAAGUUGCAGAGAUGCAACAGAUGUCAGAAGACAGGACACUACGCUUACGAGUGUAGUGCCCCUCGUCCAGUGUCUCGCGACACUGGGCGUAGUGACCGUCCACCCAUGAGAAAGGGGCAGGGACGAGGGUCCGCAGUUGGUGCAAAGACGCAACAACGGGAUGGACCGUCAAAAAACGGACAGGAUCAGUAG